AUGACCGUCGCUCACGACCUGACCCAUCGAGGGUCAGCCUUGACUGGUUCUAACGGGUAUGCCCUGGAGGACAGGUUCGAAGUCCUCAAAGAGAUCGGCGAUGGAAGCUUCGGCAGCGUCGUCUUGGCGAGGGUCCGGACCGCUGGUGCCAACGUCGCCAGGAGAGGGACGGUCGUCGCGAUCAAAACUAUGAAAAAGUCGUUCGAGUCCUUCACGCCGUGCCUUGAGCUCAGAGAGGUCGUCUUCCUCAGGACACUACCACACCACCAACAUCUGGUUCCAGCCCUGGACAUCUUCUUGGAUCCCUUCAGCAAGAAGCUCCACAUCUGCAUGGAGUACAUGGAGGGAAACCUUUACCAGCUGAUGAAGGCCAGAGAUCACAAAUGUCUCGAUAACGCGAGCGUUAAGAGCAUCCUCUUUCAAAUUAUGCAGGGACUGGAGCAUAUUCACGCCCACAACUUCUUCCACAGAGAUAUCAAGCCAGAGAACAUCUUGGUGUCGACUUCAUCUCACCAAGAUACUUCUAACUCCUUCAGGCGGUACUCGGCUCUUGUCACGCCACCCUCCACUCCCCCAACGUACACUGUGAAGAUCGCCGACUUUGGACUGGCAAGGGAGACACACUCCAAGCUGCCAUAUACGACGUACGUUUCGACGCGGUGGUACCGAGCUCCCGAGGUGCUGUUACGGGCCGGCGAAUACUCUGCUCCGGUGGACAUCUGGGCCAUUGGCGCAAUGGCGGUGGAGAUUGCCACGCUAAAGCCCCUCUUCCCUGGUGGAAACGAGGUAGACCAAGUUUGGAGGGUCUGUGAGAUCAUGGGAAGCCCAGGAAACUGGUACAACAAGGCCGGCCAGCGUGUAGGUGGUGGUGACUGGCGUGAGGGCACCAGACUGGCCGGAAAGCUGGGGUUCUCCUUUCCCAAGAUGGCCCCCCACUCGAUGGACACGAUUCUGCAAACACCACAAUGGCCCGCGUCGCUAAGCCACUUCGUGACUUGGUGCCUGAUGUGGGAUCCUAAGAACAGGCCGACGUCCACGCAAACUCUGCAGCAUGAGUAUUUCGCCGAUGCCGUUGAUCCUCUGCGACCGAAGUCCUCAUCAAGAAUGCUGGGCCGGAAGCCCUCGGAGAUCGGCCGAUCCAAGGAUGCCGCGACACCGCCAACCUCAUCCAAGCCAUCGUGGUUCAGGAAGUCACUUAUUGGCCGCACUGACUCCAAUGAGGCAGUCCCACAACAGGUUGUGAAGGAGCCAACCGCUUCUCGACCUCCACCCGUCCACAUCGUGCCUGAGGUUGCACCCGUGGUACCCGCAAAGACCCGGCCAGCCGCACCCAAGAGGACAACAUGGAGCAAUGGUAUUUCUAAUGUGGCGCCCAUGCCAAUUCUUCCCACUAUCCGCCCUAUCUCACCUCUCUCAGAUGCCGUGACGGCUCAAGCCAGCAGCCGAACGCCAUCGUACAAUGACGCCUACGCAAACGGUGCUCAUAGGCAAGGGCCCCAAGAGGACAAAUCAUCCAAGAAGAUUGGAAGACAGCUUUCCGUUCAAUCGAAUUCUAACCACUACUCCGAGCUCCAUCGACAACAGGCCGAGCGCGCUCUGAACGGCGGCAGUGGAUUGGCGUCACCACCGAGUGCCCAUAAGGAGAGCUUCUUUUCCCACCUAAGGAAGAGGGCACGGAGAGCCUUGAGAGACGUCCAACAAAAUGCCGAUAACCCGCAUGCCCCGGCCCCUCCCGCACACCAGGCCAACUCCCAGAGCAACCUGAAGCGUCACCACUCCCUGCCGCAGCACAAGCCCCGGUCCGUGGACAACCUCGCUGGUGCCGCGAGGAACGGCGGCCCGAUUUCCAGCCGAACACGAAGGGCACAAGCCACCCACGGAGUGCACCACUACGAUGCUCCCGACGAGGCGGAUGAACUCCUGGACGAGGUCCUCUCAUCGACACACAAGGCCAUGAAACGGAUCGAGCGAGACGGCAGGACUGACAACCACCGGCAAGCACCAACGAACGCCGGAUUUGCCAACCCGUACCCGACCCCCUCCCCCUCGGCCAACGGAAACGCAUGUCUCUUCGGGGAUGGGCAGGAGGUGGUUGCGCCGAAGCCACUGGAUCUGAACAGGAAGGUUUCGGAAUACAAGUGGCCGACGCCUCCGUACGAGGAAAGCGAGUGGGCAGCGUCAGCCUCGGCAAGCAUUUGGGCGGCCAGCCAUCGAUUCUAG